AAUCGAAUGCGGUCAACAGAGCAAACGAAACAACUUCCGGUUUCCUUUAGAAUUGGUGCGUGCUUGUGUGAACGUUGCGUUUUAAUUGUUUUAAAUGUCUGAGAAACGAAACAAUGUACUGUUUUAAAUGUAGCUGAUGUACUGCCAUAACUACUGCGUCUGCUAAAUGUUAGAUUUAUGUAACGUUCAUAUGUUGCGAGCCAUUUACAGAAAUCGUAUUUGCUCUUAGUUAUAAUAACCUUGGUGUCCCCGGUCCAAAUGGCUGUUUUCUGUCGUGCAUUGCAGAAACGUUCAUUUGCAGUUAAGAAUCUACCAGCGGUCACACAGUUACCCUGGAUCUUGUCGCUGCGCUGCAAAUUCACCAAAUCACGCAUUCCUCCAGAGGUAUUCGAGGAACGGUCCAAAGAGCACGAGAAAUACGGCGGGAACCCCGAGCAGCCGCACAUGCUGCAUCUUGUCACGCGGGUGAAGAGCACAGUUCGCCGGCCCUACUGGGAGAAAAAGAUUGUGCAAGACCUUGGCUUGGGGAAGGCCCGUCAACCUUGUGUCCAUAAGAACAUCCCUUCAGUCAACCACAAACUGAAAGUCAUAAAGCACCUUGUAAAAAUCCAACCCCUGAAGCUGCCACAUGGCCUGCCAGCUGAGGAGGACAUGGCCAACACGCUGCUGACCAGCAACGGGGAGCUGGUGAUCAGGAAGCGGCUCCAACCCCUGGAGCCAAACGCCAUCGAGCCCUAGGCUAACGCAACAGGUCGGCUAUCGUGUAAAAUAAAAGUAUUCUAUUGCUA